UCCCAACAAAUCUUUAAGAGAAAUGAUGAUGAGGUGAUCCAAGAGAGUGGAGAAAAAGGCUCUGAAUAAGCAAAGCAAAAGAUGAUGAGCGAACAAGCAGACGGCUCGAAGAGUGUUAAAAGCAGUCUCUCAAGCUUCCUCAAGAUCUUAUCUUCUUACAAUUCCAAUGUUCUUUUGGCUGCUCUCGUCUUCCUCCUCUUAGUCGUCCUCUUCGUUUUGCUUCUCCAUUUCUACGCUCGCUUCUUCUGGUCUCCCUAUCAUCAAGAUUUAUCCUCCCUCGCUCGACGCCGCCGGAGACGACGACGUACCCGCAGAAGAACGGUGACGACAACAAGAAUCAUACCUUCUCUCCCACUCGGACUCGGAGGUUUCGAUGCUGGAGUUAACAACGCCCCUGCUGUUGUUACAACAAACGAUGACAAAGGUUUGGAUUUGUCAGUGAUUUCUUCGAUUCCUCUGUUUGUUUACGAAGAUGACGAGGAUCAAGAUGAUGAUGAAGAAGAAGAAUGUGUGAUAUGUCUUGGUUUGUGGGAAGUCGGAGAAUUUGGAAGAAAGCUAAGAAAUUGCGGACAUGGGUUUCACGUGGAGUGUAUAGAUAUGUGGUUGUCUUCUCAUUCCACUUGCCCUCUCUGUCGUUCCCCUGUUCUCCCCCCCUCCGUUGACGACAACCUCAAGCCGGCCGUUGACGCCGUCCAAGAAGAAAGUGAGGUUAGACUGCAACUGUCUCCAGCCGGAGAAGAUGAUCGGAGAUUCUCACUGUCCCUUCCUGAGAUGGAAGAUGAUCACAAAACAGGGGUUGACGACGGAGACGGAGACGGAGACCGUAACGGCGUCGGAGAAGGAGAGGUUAGAAUUGAAGUGUAUGACGAGGAGGAGAUCAACGGUGGAGGAUCAUCAAGAGGUGAUCGGAGGUCAAUGUCAAUGACGUCAUCAGCCUCGAGUUCGUUGAUGAGGAUGUUAAGUUGUAGUAGCACUAGUAGUAGAUCGGAGCGUAACAAAGUGUCGCCGUUUGUCUAAGUAAACGUUAUAAUUAUUAAAUACUUUAGAUCAAUACAAACAUGUUGUUGUGAACAGUUUUGGUAAUGGAAAAUGAAAAUAACCAAAAGUAGAAGUAUACAACAGAGGUAAUCAUCUA